GGACAUUGGGGAUAUUUUCUCACAAAAAAUCGCUCCUUGCUAGAACCGUUCUCAAAUGACAUUGCAGAUUUUAAUUCCCAGGAUGAUUGUGAAGUUUCUGAUCUCUCCGGCCGAAGCGUCUGUUCCUCAGCAGGAGAAUCGUGGCGUCUGAAGGGCUGCCAAAGCCCAGACACACUGACUGACGACACCGAAGAUGACGACGCUGUUCAUGUCAGAAUCCCAGGGUUUCAGAUUCACAGAUUUGAGGAGAUUCCAGUUGUGAUCAGCCACGUUGUUCAUCCAAACAAGUUCUUCAUCCAACACAAGAACACAAAUCUCAGUGAACUGUCUGAAAUCAUGCUCAGGAGGAAUAGCAGUAGAUCUUUUGCAGAGAUGAAUCACAUCCCAGACAUUGGACUUUAUGUCAUGGUUUGGUUUGGCAAGCAGGAGAUGUGGUGCCGUGGACAGAUCAUCAGAAUCUGUCAGAUGAGUCGAGGGCCCAACAGCAGAGAUCACACAGACAUCAAGGUGGAGGUGAGGAGGAUUGACUAUGGAGAUGUUGUUUGCGUGUCUCUUUGGGAUGUGAAGGAACUGUGUGGAGAAACAGCAUCCAUACCUGUGCAAGCGCUGCAGGUCUCACUGGUGAAUGUGAGGCCAGUGAAUGGAGAAACGUGGUCUUUUGAAGCGAUCAGCUGGUUCAGGAGCAAAGUGCAGAGCAAGAUUCUUUAUGCAAGACUUUACCCAGAAGAAGGAGAAGUUUUGGUUGAACUCUUCAUGGAAAAGGGAAAGAUUGGUGCUAUGCGGAGAGGAGAUUCUCUGUCUGUGAGACUUGCUCAGAAUGGAUUUGCCAUUCAUGAAUGUAACAAACCCAGCGCCUUGAAGAGAAGUGACAUCCCAGAAAAAAACAGACAGCAGUCCUUACAGUGGGAGAAGUAUCUGAUCUCCUGUUACAGUCAAAACAAGAAAUAAUGUUCACAGGAAUCUGCAAACUUACAUGCUUUUGUCUUUCAUCAUUACUAUGCAAACUUAUAGAAGGUUAUAGAAGCAAUAUCUUCUAUAACCAUGUACAUUUUAUAGUCUUAUGUUUUUGUUUAGUUUUUAAACACUGUACAUGGUUACAAGAGUUUGUAUUGUAGAAAAUAUUUGAUGUCCAUUGCUGUAGAACUUUUUUUUUUUUAGUUUUAUAUAACUCAUAAUUAAAAAUAACCAGGAAUUGUAAAAUAGAAGAAUGUCUAAUUUCUACAAAUGUUAGGGUUCACUUUGUGUGUUCUGUUGUUCCAGUGUAAAAAUACUGAAAUAUGUACUGUUAUUUGUUUAACUGGGACUGCUCAAACUUUCAGACUGUAUACUGUUAUUUUAUGUUGGAGCACAUUAACCCUUUUUAAAGCGCUUGACUGUGUAAAUAUGUAGUUGAAAUGCUGUUUAAGAGACACUGUCUGUUCAUGAAGUGCUGAAAGACCUGUUAAUGACUACUCCGUUCAGUGCCUGAUUAGAAAACCUGCACACUUGAUUGAUGAUGCACGUUGUCUUAUGCAAAUCUGGCAAUAAAAAUGUAUGUCUGUUAUUCUGUUAUGAGACGAACAUUAUGAAAAUUUAAUCUAAGGAGAAAACAUUAACACUUGAGGUGCCGUAAGAAACUAUCUCAAAGGCCACAAUUUGAAACUCCUGGUUAGGGACCGAGCGCCGCGGUGUGAGGAACCUAUUGGAAUUGCUCAGUGCAUUUAAAGCUGAAUCUGCCUUCUAAACUGCAGCAUAUUUAAGAGGCAUCUGUUGAGCUGUGACAAGUAUAGUCUCUUUUGGUUUUGUUUUCUGUUUGUUUUGCCUUAGUUCCCAGUCAUCGUUAGUUUCCUUGGUUGUUAAUUAACACCUGUUCUGUUUUCUGUUAAUGAUGCUCUGUCUGUAUUUGAGCCCUCAGUUAAUUCAUUUCAUGUUUCCAUGUUGUUUGGGGUUAUGUGGUUUGAUAUCUCUCCUGAGUGUUUGUAAUUCUGAAUAAAGACUGUUUGCAGUGCUGCAGACC